GUGAAGUAAUUAUGUUCAUCAACAAAUAGCUGGUUUCCUGUGUUACUACCGAAAAUGUGAAAAAAUCUUAAUAAUAACAAUGUUUUGAUUGAAAACUUACAACUUUCUUUAUCAUAUUAUGAAAGAGAUAUUAUUAGAAUAAUGACGUUGGCAAAAAUGUUUCUAUUUUUUCAUUAUACAAAUGAAUCAAACGUACAUAGCAGUUUCAACUGAUUCGCCCUCCGUCACACUGGAUAAUAAAUCGAUCAAAAUGACCAAAAAGACACGUAAAUGGGAAGUGUUCCCUGGGAAAAAUAAAUUCUGCUGUAAUGGCAGAAUAAUGAUGGCCAGACAGACGGGAAUAUUUUAUUUUACAUGUACUCUUAUUGUUGUUACUUGCGGACUCUUCUUCGGAUUCGAUUGUCCAUAUUUAGCUGUGCAUGUGACUGCCGCAAUUCCAGUGGUUGGAGGGGCAUUGUUUAUCUUUGUCAUGGCAACUCUCUUCAGAACUAGUUUUAGUGACCCAGGUGUUAUCCCAAGAGCCUCACCAGAUGAAGCAGCUGAUAUUGAAAAGAAAAUAGAGGUUCCAAAUACAACAUCACCAGGAACAUACAGACCUCCACCAAGAACAAAGGAAGUUAUAAUUAAAGGACAGGUGGUUAAACUUAAGUACUGUUUUACCUGCAAGAUCUUUAGGCCACCUAGAGCAUCACACUGUAGUUUUUGUGAUAAUUGUGUUGAGAGAUUUGAUCACCAUUGUCCAUGGGUUGGAAAUUGUGUUGGAAGAAGAAACUACAGAUAUUUUUAUUUAUUUAUCCUCUCAUUAUCAGUUUUGUGCAUCUAUAUAUUUGCUUGUGUUUUAACUCAUUUAAUAUUAAGAUCAAAAGAUGACAAUUUCCUGCAUGCCAUGCGUGAUUCACCAGCAAGUGUGAUAGAAGCUAUUGUAUGCUUCUUUUCUGUGUGGUCAGUUAUUGGCCUAGCAGGCUUCCACACAUAUCUAGUUGGUUCUGAUCAAACCACAAAUGAAGAUAUUAAAGGAUCUUAUUCAGCAAAAAGGGGCCAAGAAAAUUUUAAUCCAUUUAGUCAAGGAUCUAUAUUGAGAAAUUGCUUAGUAGUAUUAUGUGGACCAACACCACCAAGUUUGAUAGAUAGACGAGGUUUUGUAGUCCCAGAAUGUAGUCCCAUACAUGAUGGAACGCUUGCAUCUUCUGGUAAAGAAUCAAAUGCAGUUAAGAUCCGACAUGAAAACUAUGGAUCUACAACUCAUUAUAAGAACUCUAGUAAUAUUGGAACAAAUACAGCUGGGGAUCCAGUAGUUGUUUCUAAUGGCAACCUUCCUGUUACCAAGCAUGAUAUGAUAAGUUAUCAAACUUCUGAUGGCACAGUAAACAACCAUCUUCCAACAGUCAACGGAGGGAAAAAAUCCUUGUGGAAUAUGACAUUGACCCAGUUAAACUACCCAGUUCAACCACCAGUUUUCCAUGACACUCCACUAGUCAACUUUCCAUUAGCAGAAGCAGAAGUUGGACCAUACAUGAGGGACAAUGCAAAUGCUGUUUCUCGUGGAUGUAGUACAGAACUGUCACCAUUAUAGUACUUACUCAAAACCAACUGUGGUAUUUUUAUUACUGUAAAUGCAUAGAAAAUGAAGCUCCAUUUUAAACACUGUUCUCUGUGUAAUAAAGUCAUUUAUUUAUCAUGUUUAAUUUCAUAUAUAAUAUUGUUUGUACUGUAUCACUAAGAGUCUUUAUCUAAUAAAUGAAACUCUUAAAAUAUUUCCUGCAAUAUGUUACUUUAAUUUUUUCAAUUUUAAUAUAUCAUCAAUAUAUUAAGGCCAUUUUAGUUGUCAGAAAUAUUUAUUCCAUCAUCAUAAAAUAUAUUAUUUGUGUUUUUUUCUAAUCAAAACUUAUUGUGUUACAAUUUUUCUAGCUUUUAUAUGAUUUGAAAUUUUGCAUGUAUUUGCUCAGAUUUAUGGUUAAAAUUACUUUGGUCAGGUCUAUUUUUCUCCUUCACAAAUUAGAAGACAAAAGUUUGUUUCUAAUAAACAACAUAGUUUAUAUCUUUGGAAAAAAAAUUUCUCCUGAGGUAAACAUGGUAAAAUUAAACAUAAUUAGUUGAAACAUAUUCAUUUGGAAGAAAUUUUUUUUAAAUUUAUUUCACCUGUUUAUCCUAUUUUUUGAUGUAUUAAAUUUAAACAGUUUCUAAUUUUGUUUAUUAAUCUUUAUCAGUGUAAUCAUCACCAGAAUAUUACAACCAGAGGCCCUACAGUGACUUAUAGUUUCUUACUUCUACAUCAUUUGUUCUCUGGUGGAAAGUUAUCUCAUUAUACCACAUCUUCUAUCAACAUUUUCAAAUUGUGUAAAAUGAUAAUUUUUAUGAACGGGAAUGGUCGAUUAUAUAAACUUGACUGUGCAUGGUAUGGCCAAAAGUUUUAGUUUCGUGAUCUCAUUCCAAAAUAAGUUGCUGGAUUUGUAGGCAAUGCUAGAAUUAGAAUGAUUGAUUGUUUGUGUUGAACACAGCACUUUAUUGCCUAUUUCAUGGUGGUUAGUUUUUAUCGGUGGAGAAGCCAGAGUGCCUGGAGAAUUGAAACGAAGUGACCAAAGUGAUUUUGUACCAAGUAUUAUCAGUGUGUGAGUGUUCAGCUUUCAUUUGUGCCAAUGAUUUUGUAUAUGCGGAUUUGAUAUCCAGACUUAUUUUUUUAUGAAACUGAGUAGUUAAAUGAUUUGUUUUUUAUAAUAUUUUGACAAAGGGUGCCUAUUUUCUGUCACUGGCUUUGCUUUGGCUUGCAUGACAAACAGAUAUUUUUUGUAUUGUUGUAGGUACAUUCUACCUCUCCCUAGUGGUAAUGAGAUCCCUUUGUCAGCUUGGAAAUAUAGUACAUGUAUCAUUUGUGUAUGUUAUAGUGAAUUAACUUAAUUUUAUAAGUUAUAACUGUGAUAAAGGUAUUUUCUUUAAAAGUUAUUUUAACAUUGCUGCAGACUUUAUGAUUAUUAAUAGUAUAUCAGUUUCUAUCAGUUGUAAAGCCAUCAAAUUUUGACCGAAAUAUGUAUUAAAUGAUAAUGCAUAGAUAAUUUGCAUUAGCAAAACUUUUGUAACAGGAGAUAAAGUUUGUUCAUUUUCUUUGAAAAGCAAAUACAACUUUUGCCAUUAAUAUAAAACAAAGAGAUAAAAUAUAUAUACAUUUAAUUGCUUAUUUAAUACAUCUCUCAGUAAAUAAAUGAACUCAUUCUAUACUAGAAACAAAACCAUUAUUGUGUAAUGUGUAUGUGUAGUUGUAUAAACAAUAUUUGCUUCCAUUGUUGUGUACAUAGAGCAGUUAUCCAUUGUAUUUAUCAUUGCUUAGUUUGAACAUUUUAAUUAGUUACCAAGACCUUUUUCUUAAUGUUCAUUUUCUUAGAGUUGAAAUUGUACAAAAAAAUAUUGUGUGGAGCAAAAAUUUUUAUUUUGGAAAAUAAUUGUUAGCUUCAGGUAUCAGUGUUAAAUAGUUAGUGUUGCAUGCAUAUAUUUAUCCCCGACUGUCCUCAGGCAAUGUAAUAUAUGACUGUGAACAUCUUUUGGACAAGUGAGACUACAUAUUCCAAUCCUUUUAGUGAAGAAGUAUAAAGUGUAUAGAUCUCUGUAGUAAGGUUGUCAUUAUAUAUAUAAAUCAUCUAUUCUGUGUAUGGUAUACAUUCCAUAUCACAAGCUUUAUAUUUAUAUCAUUGUUACACUUUGUCAUAAUUUAUAAACCAAUCAUAUUUAUUGUGAAUAGAUAUAAUAUUUGUUGUGUA